CCAAAAUUCCAAGCGAUUAAUGCAGUGAUUCAGAUCAGAUUCAUUUCUGUCGCACCACCUAUCCUUGUGUUCCUCUCGAAAAGUCCUGUUUGCGAGCACUAUGAUCUCAGCUCAUUGGAGUUCAUAAUGAGUGGAGCUGCACCAGCCGGAAAAGAUUUGUGUGAGGAAGUGCACGAAAGACAUCCAAAUGUUAAGUUCAUCCAACAAGCGUACGGCAUGUCGGAGGCGACGAUGACCAGCCAUCUACCCGACACGAUUCUUGGUCAGCCUUUUGGAAGUAUUGUCGAUCCUGAGACGGGCAAAGAGCGAAGCGGCGGCGAAAUUGGCGAAGUGUGCAUCAGGGGACCAACAGUGAUGCUCGGCUAUUUUCAUAACAACGAAGCCACAGAGCAUUGCAUAAUUGAUGGAUGGCUGCACACUGGCGAUCUCGGUUACGUGGACGACAAGAACUACCUUUUCGUAGUGGAUCGACUCAAGGAGCUCAUCAAAGUGAAGGGAUUUCAGAUUCGGGAUGCAGCUGUGAUUGCAGUUCCUCAUGAUGAGAAAGGAGAGGUUCCAAAAGCAUACGUCGUCAAGUUUCUUCAUACAAACAUCUGGAAGGAGGAGUUGAGUUUAUGGAAGCUAUUCCAAAAUCACCAACAGGCAAAAUACUCAGGCGAGUACUACGGGAUCGGACUAAAUCGAGAUCUCAGUGAAAUGAUCGAACUAUUCAUCACUGAGAUAAAUUUCAAGUUUCAGUCUAUUGCACCAAUAAAUGUGAAGAUUCGAUUUGUAGUUGUAUUUCUGUAG